AUGACGACGACCCCUGCGAUUCGGAUCCCCUUCACCGGGCCAUUACCACCAGCUAUCAUCGUCCCACCGUCCGCCAGGGCCAUUGCGGGGGCGAUCGACGCUGUGAGCGCCUUCCUCACCGCGCCACCCUCCCUCCAUCUCCGGGGCGUCGAUGUGGGCAGGCAUUCCCAGACAGUCCUCCUGACCGGCGCAGGGAUAUCUGUCGCAUCAGGCCUGUCGGACUAUCGCGGGGAACAGGGCACCUACCGACGAAACAAGUCCUACCGGCCAAUCUAUUUCCACGAAUUCGCGACGCGCCAUGAAUCGCGCAAGCGAUACUGGGCACGCAGCUUUGUGGGUUGGCCGGGGCUCGUGAGAGCAAAGCCCAAUUCCACUCACUGGGCCAUUCGAGAUUUAGGUGCGAAGGGCUAUAUCAGCUCCGUCGUGACGCAGAAUGUCGACUCGUUCCACUCCCUAGCCCAUCCCGACCUUUCUACGUUGGAACUACAUGGAUAUCUGCGAUCCGUGGAAGGGAUUGAAGCUGAACCCGGACGGCGAUGUCGACCUGCCGAAGGCUCCAUAUUCGACCUUCCGAUAUCCGUCCUGCUCAACCUGCUUGGAGAAGCCCCCACCUUGAAAGACGGCACAAAGGCCCGGGUAGAGGUCGAGAGCGACGGCGCAUGGCUGCCGACAUCCACCGCCGGUAUUUUGAAACCGGCGGUGACCAUGUUUGGCGAGAACAUCGAUCCGACAGUGAAGGCAGCGGCGGAAGAGGCGAUCGACGACGCUGGGCGUUUGCUGGUGCUGGGCAGCAGUCUCGCCACUUACUCUGCCUGGCGCCUAGUUGAACGGGCGCACAAGCGAGGCAUGCCCAUCGGCAUCAUCAACGUCGGGGGUGUGCGAAGUGAGGCCAUGCUCUUUGGCCAGUUGGGCUCGGACCCAGACCCAAGCGCCCAUGUUCGCUGCAGCCAUCCCGCCCAGUCGAUCCUCCCGACCGUGGCCGCGGACCUGCCCAUUCAUCGUCUUUGA